UAAGCGGCCACCGGCUCCCUGCUCCCUUCCCGCCACGCCCAGCAAGAAACCAGCGCGUCCUUCGAUCCACCGCGCACGACGCGCCACCACCACCACACCUGUUCAUCUCAUCCCCGCCCCGCCCUCUCGAUCGCCGGCUUGCCAUGGCGGAGACGAAGCGCCCGCGCGCCGCGGCGGCAGCCUUCCUGCUGGUCCUCCUCAUCUCCGCCGCCGUGGCCACGGCCGCCGCCGGCAGGGAGGGCAAGCACGGGCAGCAGCAGGCCAGCGUGUACAUGGUGAUGGUGAGGCCCCCCGCCCAGGGCGUCGACUGCGAGGCCUACCAGAUGGGCAUCCUCGCCGCCGCGCUCGGCAGCGAGGCGAGAGCCAAGGCCGCGCUGGUCUACAGCUACAAGACGGUCGUCAGCGGGUUCGCCGCCAAGCUCACGCCGGCGCAGGUCGCCGCGUUGCAGAAGCAUCCUGAAGUUCUCCAGGCGCUGCCUGACGUGCAGUACACCCUUCAGAGGGACAGCAACCACCUCAACUGAGUUCUUCAACCCUUCAAAGAAGGGCUGAAGAUAGGAUAAUACAUAGUUCAGCUCAGUUCAGUACCGUGAUCUGCUUCACCAUGUAUUACCUCGUAUUUACGCGCGUGUAAGCGCGUGCACAACCUAGGUGUCUGACAGUAGGACAAGUUUACACAACCAGAGAAUUCGGUGUCAUUGUUAUACCAUCUUCACUACAUACGCCAAAGUAUACAGCCUUUGUACUGCUGAGGCCGGGUAAUUUAGACGUCCCUUUCUACGUACGUGUUGAUGACUGCUGUAACUGUAAGUGCAAUCAUCAAGUACCAGAAGUUUCAACGUACCAGACUGAAUCUCAACGUACCAGAUCGAUGAUCCGACCUGUGGUUCCUGCUGUUUGAACGCACGAGGCUGCACAUGAGCUGGGGGGAAUGAGAAGAUUUUAGCACAUGUGUAGUUGUGUACGAACCAACCAAUUGCACAUUUCAAGGCUUGCACUGCAAACGUGCUACGUAUUGAUUGUCCUUCUGUUUCCCCUUUCAGGAAACCAGUAACUUGAAGAUUGUUUUUCAGUUAAGCUAGAGAACGAGAGGCACACAUGUUGCUCUUCAGUGUAUACAGCAAUAAGAUUUCAUAUAUUUUCUUCCC